AUGAAAGACUACACAGAUAUUGUCCUCUAUGCUGAGACAGCAAAGUGGAGCAAGCCUGAAUUCUGUAAUCUAGCUUUUGAGCCUGAGGCUGGGUUGCCCACCCUAUCUCCAGCUCGUCGGAAAAACAGGAGCAGCCCUAGAGCUCACUGCCAUGCAGGUGGUCUGGUCUGGAGAUACCGAACAGACUGCCAGUUCUCCUGGCUGUGUGCAGCUCUCCUCUCUACUCUGCUGUUCUUUCUGCUGGGACUUCUCACCAUCAUCAUCCUCACCCAGCCGAAGCCUACAUCUCCACCCGGAGCACCUCCCAGACUUCUCUCCCCUCAAGGGUUCAGUAAUGUCACAGAUGUCACCAGCCCUGGUAUUCAAGGAGAGCUGGCCACGGACCUUACCCCUGAGCCCACCUGUGGGGGGCUCCUGCUUGGCCCAGAGGGCUCCUUCGCUUCUCCCAACUACCCGGACCCAUAUCCACCCAAUGCCUACUGCAUGUGGCAUAUCCAGGUGGCACCUGACCAGGUAGUACAACUCAAAAUAGAGGCAUUCAGCACGGAUGAUGUGGCCUCCUGCCUGUUUGAUUGGCUAGAGAUCUCCCUAGAGCCAGAAGAACAAGGCAGCCUGGAGAGUUCCAUGGUCAGGGUCUGUGGAAAAGUGCCACCGGCCACACUCAACACCAAUGCCAGUCGACUCCGCGUAGUCUUUGUCUCUGAUAGUAGUGUGGGAGGGAUUGGAUUCCAUGCUGGGUACCAGGCUGUGACCCCUAGAGAGGGGGGAUGCAAUAAGGAUGAAUUUGCCUGUGACCAUAUAUUCUGCCUACUGUCUGAUGCUGUGUGUGACGGUUUCACCAACUGCAAGGACUUUAGUGAUGAGGCCAACUGCAGUAGCAAAAACUCAGGCUGUGGAGGGUCUCUGAAUGGGUUCCAUGGCACCUUUUCUACCCCAAACUACCCGAAGCCCUACCCUCAUCAACAGUUUUGCCUCUGGCAGAUCUCAGUACCCCCUGGACAUGGCAUUGAGCUGCAUUUUCACAACUUCAGCCUGGAAACCCAUAAGAAUUGUGAAUUUGACUAUGUGGAAAUCCUUGAGAACAUGGACACAGGAGCCCUCAACCUAGUGGGCAGGUUCUGUGGCACCAAGCUGCCUCCGCCCCUCAUUUCCUCACACCAUGAACUGACUGUGGUAUUUGUGACGGAUUACCAGAUCAACAGCAUGGGAUUCUCUGCGACCUACCAGGCCUUCAAUACUACUGACAAUCCCUGUGGACUUGGGGCAUUCUCCUGCCAGGAUGGAGGGUGCAAGGACCUUCACCAGAUGUGCAACAGCUGGAGAAACUGCAGUGAUGGCAGUGACAAAUUCAACUGCAGCAGCCUCUCCCACCCACCCUUUGAGCCAGCCUGUGAACCCAUUCAGGUGGAAAUGUGCUGGGGCCUCAGCUACAACACCACAGCUUUCCCCAAUACUUUGAUGACCCUGGAUAGUCAACAGGAAGUUGAAGAUAUGCUGAAAGAAUACAAGACCCUGACAGACCUGCCCUGUUACCAGCCUUUCCGAAGACUCCUAUGUGGGCUGCUCCUGCCUCACUGUACCCCCUCGGGAGGAAUCCUCCCACCUUGUCGCCCUGUCUGCCUAGAAGCUGAGCACCACUGCCAGCCUGAUCUGGAGCCACUGGGCAUCUCCUGGUCCUUCAACUGUAAAAGUCUACCUGAUGCCUCUGACCCAGCAGGGUGCACCUGGCCCUGAGUCAGGGAGAAGGCCUCCCCUCACCUUCCCCCCUUACCGUGACCUCUGAUCUCCACCAUUAUCAAGUCUGGGAACGCCAAGUAUCUGGCCAUGCCAACCCCUUCUAAAGUUAAGGGACAGGGAAGACAUAGGGCAGGGGAGUGCUGGACUGUCCUCUUAAACAAUCACCUCUCUCCUAUUACUCCACCUUCUUUUCCUAGUUCUUCUCCACCCUGUCCCCCGUACCCCCAACCCUUAGCUAUUCUAUUAGUCUUCCCUCCCUUUGUUUCCCUCCUUUGUUAUUCUGUUACUCCUCUUUUUGCCUUUUUCUGUUUCUGGUCCUUUGAUAUCUCCUGAUAUUUCUUCUUCCUCCACAUCUUUGCAUUCCUCUGCCUUGGUGGCUGUCUAUCUUCCUCCUGGUUUCUCUCUGUUGCUCCAUCUUUCACUCAGUCUCUGUUUCAUUCUGCAUCUCUCUAACACCAUGUUUCUCCAUUUCGAUUCCACAAAAUUCAUUAAGCACCUAGCCAUUGGGUCUUGGGCCAGGUAAUGUGUUAGGCUUCAUUUCUCUCCUUCUUUCCCUCUGUGCCUUCUCUGCAUUCCUUGUUCCUCCAUCCAUCUCUCUCUGUCUCUCUG